AUGGAGGGAACUCGUGGUGGUUCGUCACAAAAAAAAACUGUAUAUAAAAUUGCAGAACAGUUGCAAAAAUUAGCACACCAAGAAGCAGAAAAUAGAUUGGGUACUGGUGGUCUUGAUAAAUUGAAAGGUAACGCAAAAAAAGGUAAUUAUACCCAAGGUGGUGUUGGAAAUAAUCUGUCUAACGAUUUUUGUAACAUUAACAAAAGUUAUUCAAAUGAUAAACGUAUUAAUUCAAGCGGACCAUGUGAAGGUAAAGGUGAUCGGUUUAAAAUAGGAACAGACUGGAUAACUGGGAAUGAAGUAAAUGAAAACAAACCUGAAUUAUUUUUGCCUCCGAGAAGACAACAUUUUUGUACAUCAAAUUUAGAAAAUUUAGAUGUUGAUAGUAAGGGAGGUCCACUUCUAGGUGAUAAUGUUAGUAAUUCAUUAUUAGGUGAUGUUUUGCUUGCAGCAAACCACGAAGCAAAAAGGAUAAUAGAACUGUAUCAACGGUAUCAAUCUAGAAGUGACGAUCCAGAUAAAUGUCGUGCUGUACGUAACAGUUUUGCCGAUUUAGGAGAUAUAAUUAAAGGGACAGAUUUAUGGGUUGAUAACACUGGUGAAAAGGAAACACAGAAAAAGAUGGUAACAAUAUUUGGUAAAAUUAAAGAUAACCUUCCUAGUGGAAGCAACAAUUAUAACGACAAUACUAAUUAUUUAGAUUUACGUAAAGAUUGGUGGGCAGCAAAUCGAUCACAAGUCUGGGAUGCAAUGAAAUGUCACUUAGGAAAUUUAUUUGCAUUAUCUGAUAUAAAAAGAGAAAAUGGUGGUGUCAUUAAUGCAACAGCAUCAGCAUAUUGUGGAUACAAUAAUGAAACACCCCUUGAUGACUACAUCCCCCAAAGGUUACGAUGGUUAACGGAAUGGAGCGAAUGGUUUUGCAAGAAACAAAAAAUGGAUUAUGAAUCUCUGAGUGAUAGGUGUGGAAAAUGUAAGAGUAAUGAUCCCUCUAAUGGAGAAUGUAUGAAAGACAGUGGUGAUUGUAGGAAAUGCACAAAAAUGUGCAACGAAUAUAAAGAUUUUGUUAAAGAUUGGAAAAAACAGUGGGAGGAACAAUCAAAAAAAUACUCAGAAUAUAUGACUAAAGUAAAAAAUGGUGUUAAUAGUAGUAGUGGUAAUGGAAGUGAGAAACAACUUGAAAAGUUUUUCGAAAAACUUAAAAGUGAAGGAAAAGAUAAAUAUAGUACUGCUGCAGGGUAUAUAACUGAUAUAGGUAAUUUUGAUUGCAAGGAACAAAAAGAUUUUAGUGAUAGUAUGGCGGGUGGUAACACGUAUGCGUUUCGUCUUCAACCACACGAGUAUGAUCAAGCAUGUAAGUGUAAAGACAGAUCUCCAGGAAAUACACCGAAUCCAGUACUUGAAGGGGAAUUAUCAACAAAUCUAAACGAAUGCUCGUUGAGUACAGAUAAAUCUGCGAUUAAUGAAAAUAGUAGUAAUGUUCAAAGUAGAACUGAUCAUCAAAGCACAAACACACCAUGUGGUACUCAUUAUGUAAGUGGAGCAGGAGGAAGAAUAUCGAAAAGUGGAAAAGAAAAAAUUGGAAAUGGAAAAUGGGAAUGUAAUAAUCGUGACCCAAAUAAAAGCCCCUGUGUUCCUCCACGCGUUCAAGAAAUAUGUUUAGGAUAUUUAGAUAACGAUCAACUUGGUGACAAAAUUACAAACACCAGUAGAACUGAUGACAAGGAAAAAUUUAGUGAAGUUAAUAAUAAAUUUUUAAAAGAAGUUUUAAUAACAGCAAGGUUCGAAGGACAAGAACUAUGGGAUACCUUUGUCACAAGAUAUAGAGGCAAAAAUAUGCAAGAAAAUAAAGAAAAAGCUUGCGAUGCAAUCAGACGAAGUUUUCAUGAUUUAGGAGAUUUAAUUAAAGGAACAAAUAUAUGGACUGAUGGAAAUGCAAACACUGCUGAAAAGCAACUUUCCAAUAUUUUUGGAAAACUAAAAACAUUAUAUGAUGAAGCAUAUAUAAAUCCACCUAAUAAUAAAGAAAAGCACCUAAACUAUAGUGAUGAUGGUGAAUUUAGAAAAGGUUGGUGGGCAACGCACAAAAACAAAAUAUGGGAAGCAUUCAAUUGUAGCAGUAGGAACAACUGUGGUGCUGUACCAACUGAUGAUAUUCCACAAUUGUUACGAUGGUUAGAAGAAUGGUCGCAGGAGUUCUGUAAAGAAAGGAAAAAACAAUUGGAAGAUAUGAAAAUCAAUUGUGAAGAAUGCAAAAGUAAAAUGGCUAAUCAAAGCGAUGGAACUAUAUGCAAAGAAAAUAAAUGCUCAGAAUGUAUAAAUAAAUGUACCAAGUAUAAGGAGUGGAAAAAUACAUGGGGAGAACAUUGGAAAAAAUUAGAACUAUAUUUUAAGGAACAAAAGAAGGAAGAUGAUAGUGAACUUAAUAAAUAUUUGAAAGAUCAAGAUGCAAAUGACAAAGAUAUGAAGGAUCUUGUUAAAAAUGGUUUUGACAGUAAUAAUUGCACAUAUGACAAAACAUUGAAAAGUGGUAUGGCUGUUAUGGACACACCACAUGAAUACUCUAAUGAAUGCGAUUGCGAAGAAAAAUUAAGAUUACGAAAAAUUGCGGAUCAAAAUAAUUCUGCAGGUACCACAUCAGAAAAAUCAAAGAUAUGUGAUGAAGGUAAUGGUGGAACAUGGGACGAGUGGGAUUGUACAACACAAAGUAAUAUGUGCGUAAAAACAAAUGACAAAACUACCAUAGAUGAGAUUAUUGAUACUGUUAUUGCAAAUAAUAACAAUUUAUAUGAUGGUAUGAAUAAAGAAGAUAUUUUGUUUUAUUAUUGGUUUGAAAAAUGGUUAGAGGAUAUGGAACGAUAUAUAGAUAAAUAUAUGAAUUAUUUAAAAUUAUCAUGUGGCAAUGAUAAAUUAAGAAACACAAAUAAAGUUAAUUUUUUGGCAUGUUCGAACUGUAAAACUGAAUGUGACUGUUAUGACAAAUUAUAUAAUAGUUUAAAAUCUGAAUGGGAAAAACAAAAAAAAAAUUUCCAAAAUUAUAAGAACGCAUCAAACGAUGCAGGAAUAAGGGAACUUCCUCUUAAUUAUUAUUUGUAUGCACGAUGUGAAAAUAAAUUAGAAGAAAACAAAAAAUGUGGAGAAAUGGAAAAUUCCAAAAAUAUUAUCGAUACAAUGAUAGAUGAUAAAAAUAAGGAGAAAGAUAAAUUAUGCGAUAAAUGUAGAAAUAAAAAAGGAGAUUUAUCAAAAAGAGAUAAAAUUGCAGAUGUUUAUUGUGAUACUAUUGGAAAGUUUAAUGGAAGUUGUCCUAGAAAAAGAAAACGAGGAGAUAAGAAUUCCGAAUGGAGUUGUAAAAUUCCUGGUAGAUUUGACAUAUGUGUUCCUGAUAGAAGAAAUCAAUUAUGUAUAACAAAUCUACUAAAUGUAACUGGAAAAUACGAUGAUAAUAAUGAUUCAUUAAAAUCUAAUAUUUUGGAUUCUGCAAAAAUUGAAGCACAAAGAUUAUGGGAUAAACAUAUAAAUGAACAAGGAGUAUUAGAUGAGGAUGCGUUCAAAAAAGAUUUAAAACGAAGUUAUAACGAUUAUAGAAAUCUUGUAUUGGGGAAUGAUACGGAUGAUGCUGGUAAUUCACGUAAGGUACAAAGUAAAUUAAAUGAUUAUUUUACAAAGGGGGCUACAAAAGGUGAAAAUAAUAAAGAUGUUCGUAAAGAAUGGUGGGAAAAUCAUAAAUAUCAUGUAUGGGAAGCAAUGAAAUGUGGAAUUGAAAACAAGGAUAAAAAAAAGAAAGAUGAGUUCUUCUUAGAAGUUGAUGACGAUCAUCAGAUUGAACGAUGGAUCAAAGAAUGGGGAGAUGAUUUCUAUGAAGAACGCAAAAAACAAAUAAUAAAUUUUGGAACACAAUGUAAGAAUAUUAGUAAGAAUAAUUGUACAUCGCAUGGAUCGCCACGAACUGAUGUACCAUGUAAAGACAAAUGCGAUAAAUACAAAAAAUGGUUAGAUGAAAAAAAAGAACAAUGGAAGAUUUUGUCUGAAAAAUGGAAAAAAGUAAAUAACAAAGAAGAUUCAAAUAAUACUGAAAAUUCUAAUAGUAAUAUGUAUGACGAACCUAACGAUUAUUUAUUGUACGAUUGUGCCAAUAAAGGUUGUAAUUUUUCAGAUUUUUCUGAAUUAUUAAAUAUCAAAGGAACUAACAAUAACAGAAAUACAGAUAGUCUUGAGAAUAAAGAGUAUGGACAAUUUCAAAAUUAUUGUACAUGUAUCUAUGGAAUAGAUAUAACACCUAGUAGUGGUAGUAGUGGAGGUGGUGCAGGUAGUACGUCUACUACCACAACUAUUGAACCGUGUGACACUAAUAUUUCCACAUCGCAUUGUAACCAAAAAACAUUUAAGGAUCAUGAUUGGACUGAUAUGUACAUGGACGCAUACGGCAGAACACAAUAUUUGAAUGGUGUGCAAAUCCCUCCUAGACGUAAACAAUUAUGUUUAGCUACACUUAUGGCAAAACCAAGGAAUCAAGAUGAUUUAAUAAUAAAUUUAUAUCGAUUAGCAAAACGUGAAGCCCAGUUGUUGCGCGAAAAAUAUAACAAUAAUGGAGUUCCUAACAGUGGUAAUGAUAGUAAAACGUGUCGUGCAAUAAAACGAAGUUAUGGAGAUAUACGUGAUAUUAUUCUUAAAAACGAUUAUGUUGAUGGAUUUAGUAAAUAUUAUGUCGACAAAAACAUAACUGAAACCCUUAAAGACGAAAAUGAUGGGGUAGGGAACAGUGGUGGUACUGCACAUAGUGAGGAUGAAAUAAAAAAGGAACGUAAAACCUUUUGGGAAAUUAACAAAGAAAACAUAUGGAAAUCCAUGACACAAUGUGAUAACAACAAUAAUAUAUGUGGUACCUUCACACCUGAGGAUAAUGAUGAAUUUUUACGUUGGUUAGAAGAAUGGUACGAAAGUUUUUGUGAAGAAAAAAAGGAACAAUUAAAAAAAUUGUAUGAUGCAUGUAAUCAUAAGGACUGUAAUACACAUUGUGGUGGAAACACAUGCGACAAAUGUUUGAAACAAUGCCCUAAAUAUGAAGAAUGGUUAUACAAAAAAAAAGAUCAGUGGAAAGGAUUAUCAAAAAAAUAUAAAGAGCUAACAAAGCAAAACAGUAAUAAUGGUAAUAAUACAUUAUUUCAAACUGCUACAAAGGACAAAAGUAGUGCACAAGUAUAUUUAAAUAUUUUAUGCAAUAAGGAAUGUUCGUGCGGACAUAAGGACCAAAAUGCUCCUUCAAAUAAUGCCUUAAAAAUAGAAGAUGUCAUUAACAGAAACGAUGAAGAAUAUAAAAAUAAUUAUCGAACAAAAUGUUUAGGAUGUGAAUUAAAAACAAUUAGUAAUAUACUUACAAAAGCUAAAAACAAAAUGAUUAAACCUAAUAAUCCACAAGAUAACCAAGGUGAAAAAGGCCAAAAAUUAAAGCCAGCACCUAGUUCAGGUACGGAAGAUAUAUGCGACAAGGUGAAGGAAUGUAUUGAGAAUAAUGAAACAAAAAAAAAAGGAGAAAGAAAUUGCAAUCCAAAAUAUCAUCCAAACGAAAAAUCUUAUCCUGGAUGGACAUGUAAUAGAACUAAAUUUCAAGACCAACAUGAAGGACCCUGUAUGCCCCCAAGAAGACAAAAACUAUGCAUACAUUAUUUACAACAUGAGAUUAAGGGAAACACUGCAAACGAAGAUAAAUUAAAAGACCCAUUUAUAAAGUGUGCAGCACUGGAAACACAUUUAUCAUGGGAAAAAUACAAAACUGAUAACAAAGAUUCAGAGAAACAAUUACAAAGUGGCACUAUCCCUGAAGAAUUUAAAAGAAUCAUGAUCUAUAUUUUUGGAGAUUAUAGAGAUUUGUGUCUAGGAAAAGAUAUAGGUAAACGUGAGGGUGGUGUGAAGGAUGUAAAAGACAAUAUAGAUGAUGUUUUCAAAAAUAGCCAACAUGGUGGCACCCAAACUGAUGCGCAAAAACGUGAAGAAUGGUGGGAUCAAAAUGGUCCAAAUAUAUGGGAAGGGAUGUUAUGUGCGUUAUCUCAAGCAGGGGGCAACCAAAGUAUAAAAACCAAACCCGAGUACCAAUACGACAACGUGAAAUUCAGUGACAAUACCACUACUAAUUUGUGCGACUUUUCCACUAUUCCGCAAUUUUUGCGGUGGAUGGUCGAGUGGGGGGAGGACUUUUGUAGACAUUAUACCAAGGAGUAUGGGGAUUUGCAAACGAAGUGUAAGGACUGUGUAGGUAAUGGAGAAUGUGACAAAUGUACUCAGUGCAAACAACACUGUCCAAAAUAUGAAAGAUUUAUUAAUGAAUGGAAAAAACAUUAUGAAAGCCAAAACAAGAAAUUUAAGGAAGAAAAAGAUAAAGCGAAUUUAUAUGACAAGGAUCCAGAAGCGAAAGGAUCAUCUGAUGCUAGAGAUUAUUUGAAAAAAAAAUUAAAUAAAAUGGGUCCAAAGAGUAGAAAAUGUGACUAUAACUGUAUGGAUAAACACUCGUCCACACAAAAUUCAUCUAGUGGUGACCCGUUACCUUCGACGAUGGAGUAUCCGCCAACAAAUUAUGAGAAUAAAUGUAAUUGUGUGACACCACAAGUGAAACCGGGGACAAAAGUGGGACCAGCAACACGUGGUGGUCAAACACCGGGACAGGGAUCACCAGGCGGUCAAAAAAACCCUCCUGGUGUACAGCCGCAAGCGCCACCACAACGAUCGGGACGGGGGAAAAAACAAACAGAACCUGAUUGUAUUAACGGACUUGAUAAUAAGGAUAAGGGCCUUUGUCGUGGAGCAGGAAUUAAUACUUAUAAUCCAGGACACGGAACAGCAAUAACUACAAUUUCUACAACCACUGUUAACACUGAUACAGACGCUGUUCCUUCACCCCCACAAGGAGGAGGUACUGUUAGUACUGGUCCAGAUAAUAGUGGAGAUCCUAAUACUCCUAGUAAUGGAGGUAAUACUGCAGGUAGUUCUCCAAAAGGUAAAAGUGGAACCGACCCAAAUUGGUGGGAUAGUAUAACUAACAAUGUUGCUUCGUAUUCACUUUUUGGAGGAAUUUUAGGUACAAGCUUUAGUUUAGAACUCGGGAAAACAGUUAACGAAAAAUUAAUGCCUCAUAUUAUAGAUAAAAGUAAAGAAUUCACACAAAAAAUUGGAGAAACAAUAAAAGCGAUUGAUAUAAGUUCUGUUGUGAAAACCUCUAUUGAAAUUGUACAGAAUAUUAAAAAAACAGUAAAAGAUCAAAUAAUACAACCAAUAUUUUUACCUCAAUCCCCACCUAAAAGUAUAGAUACUACUCAUGUUAAUACAGCUGGUAAAUCACAAGGCCAACCUCAACCUCCAGCACCUGCAGGACCAAAACCUCAAACCCCAGCAAUACCCCCAGAAGAACUAUUUAAUAUUGACAUAUUAUCAUCUUCUAUCCCCGUUGGAAUAAGUUUUGCAUUAGGUUCAAUCGCUCUAUUAUUUUACAUGAAGAAAAAACCUAUACUUCCACCUACCGAUAUAUUUCAUGUGCUUGAUAUACCCCAAAACGAUUAUGGAAUACCUGAUGAAACAUCCACCAAUAGAUAUGUACCAUAUGGUAAAUAUAAAGGCAAAACAUAUAUAUAUGUCGAAGGAGAUGAAUCGGACCAUUAUAGUUAUCUUCGUGAUAUAUCAUCUUCUGACCUAACUUCAUCAGAAAGUGAAUAUGACGAACUGGAUAUAAAUGAUAUAUAUACAUAUAAAUCUCCAAAAUAUAAAACAUUGAUCGAAGUGGUACUAAAACCAAGCAAAAAAACAUAUGAUGUACAGGAUGAUACCUCUAGGUAUCAAAAGGAUGAUAGUUAUAAACUUACAGAUAAUGAAUGGAACCAAAAAAAACAGGAUUUUAUUGCACAAUAUUUACAACAUAUAGGACCUGAGGUACCAUUAAAUGAUGAUUUACCAAAUGAUAAUAUACCUAAGGAUAUUCAUCCUAAUAUUUUAGACGUUAAUAUUGAAGAAAAGCCUUUUAUUACUCAAAUCCAAGAUAGAGUUUUACAUGAUGAUCACGAGGUUACUUAUAAUAUUAAUUGGAAUAUACCAAAGCAAAAGGAAGUAACUAGUAAUUUUACGGAUAAUCCAAAAUAUGUUUCAAAUAAUAUAUAUACUGGAAUUGAUUUAAUUAAUGAUUCGUUAAAUCGUAAUCAUAAUGUUGAUAUUUAUGAUGAAUUGCUCAAAAGAAAAGAAAAUGAAUUAUACAAAACAAAUAAUGUAAAAAGUACAAGUACGUUAUAUGAUUUUGGAAAUAUGAGUAAUAACUAUGCACAUUAA